UGUUAUUUUGUGUCGGCAAUUAGGUUAGGGAAGGGUAGAUAGUACUUGUUUAUUUUAUACUCCUUGAUUUUACUCGAUUUGAAUAACUACAUGAAGUUCAUUAAAAACAUAGUAUAAAUAGUAAUUGUUAAUGUAAAUAUAAUGGAAUACAAGAGACCUGACGAAUUACACUCAAACAUUGAGGAAGAUGCAUGUGGUAUUAUCGAAGAAGGUGAAAUAUGUAAUGAAAAGACUGCUUUGAGUGAAAUUUCCAAAGAAAUAAAUCAAACUUAUGUGGAGCAGUUGGCGAAACUUAAUGAACAGUAUGAUUCGCCAGAGGUGCGGACGAAGCUGCUGUACUCGUGGAUCGCGGAGCUGCUGGACCAGAACGCCCUCCUGGUGGAGACAGUGUCCGAGCUGGAGACGGCGGCCGUGCACAGGGUCGCGCUGCUCGAGGACCGGCUGCAGAGGUCGUCCGUGUCCGUCCGGGAGUACGUGGCCCGGGCCCAGGCCCCCGACGGCCAGUCCGUGGCGACGCUGUGCUCCCUGGUGGCCCAGCUCGAGGCGGACGUGGGCUCCCUGCUGGAGCUGGUUCGCCGGGCCAUGCGGGACGGCCGCUGGGACCUGCGCGGGCUCACCUUCCACCGGGUGGCUUACCGCGACAUCUUCGGCCCGUCCUCGGGCCUGCCCCCGCCGGCCGCACCCAAAAGAGAAGAGCCCAAGAAACCGCCAGAGUAUGAAACAGAACUCCGGAAGCUGACAUCGGAGGUGGAGUUGUGGAAGAUGCGGGCAGAGAAAGCUGAAGCCGAGGCGAGGGCGGCCUGGGACACGACGAGGCCCGGGGCGGAGCGGGGAGAUCUGGACCGGCCGAGGAGGCUGCCCGCGGAGACGGCAGCGGAGCAGGCGAGGGCUCCCGGUCCCGGCCCGGACGACGCUCGGCAGGCCAGGGAGACGGGAGGGCGCGAGACGGCGGCCGCAGACCGUAGCGAGAAGCUGCAGCGAGAGCUGGACCGCGCCAACGGGCUGGCCGCGGAGAGGGCGGAGCAGAUACGGCUCCUGACCCUCCGGCUGGACGGCACGGAGCAGCGGGCGGGGGCGCAGCUGGGCGACGCCAGGCGGCGCGUGCUGGAGCUGGAGGGGGAGCUGGCGCGGGCGCAGUCGGGCGUGCUCGUGCGCAACCGGCUCAUCCAGGGCAUGCGCAAGGAGAUGAAGCUGUACAUGUCGCAGCACCCGGCAACGAAGCCUUCGCAUUGUGACACGCCUGCCGCCGCUUGCACCCUCGCGGAGUUCCCCGCGACCCCAGGGGGCGAUGCGUAGUGGUCGUGGUGGUAGCCCCGGGGAGAGACACUCGCAACGGCCACGCACCCCAUCGCUCUCUCUGACGUGUGCGUGAGAUGCUUCUUGACGUUUGGUGCGCCCGGCGAUAUUUUGGGUUCCGCCGAGGGCCGCUUAUUUUCAAGCAGCGCGCAGCCUGUUUUCUGAUUGGACCGAACCGGUCUCGCAUCGCCCGCUAACCCCCACCUACUCCUGUGGCGCAUCUCGCCGUUACGUUCGUCGAGUACAGAGUGAACGUAAUGCACCGUUGCCUCGUCGCUGCUUCGUGGCGAUGUACGCAAACCUCAAGUGCAAAAAAAAAAAAAAAUAUUGUUUUACUCUGUAAAGCCCUUGAAAGUUGAAACGAAACCCUUUUUCAAAUAGUGUACAGAAAUUUUUAUUUUCUCCAUCAUGAAAAAUUACAAGGAAGCUGUGAUAAGUCAUAUGCCAAAAAUACAUACAGUGAAAAUGUUUUGAUUAUUUUUUUUUUCUUCUCAUGUUGAAAAUCAUCAGAGAGGUGGGUUUUGAUUUCUUGCAGUAUGUUAAUAAUCUUCAUGUGUAAGGUUACUGUUUGUCAUUGAAAUUUUAUUUUUAUGUUUUUCGUGUAACAAUGCGUGCCAAAAUAAUAAUUUUCCUUAUUGCAAAAGUUUUGCAUUAGAUAGAGUAAAUCUACAAUACAUAUCUUUCUUUUUUGUAAUUCUAAAAUUAUUAAGUAUUGUGUUAAAAAAGAGGGAGAUGUUUGACUUAAACUAUCUAUGACCUUAAAUAUUCAAAGAAUAUUGAUAAUUCUUUGUAAGUAUAAGUCCUUGACAGACACGAAAGCAUUAAUCAAAGAGGGUGUAUGUUUUUAAAAUUCAAAAGUGCCUUGGGUAACGUACAUAAUGUUGAGUGUUAAAGUGACAAAUAUUACUAAUUAUUUUAUUUAGUAAUGACCUUGUUGAAAAAUUAUUUGUUGUUCCAACCUAUGUUAAUGAUUUAGUAUUUAAUUCUUUAGUUUUAAAUUAGGCCUGUACGAAUAUUUAAAUAUGAAUUUGUAUAGUUUAUUAUUCGUAUUCAAUUCAACUUCAAAUACUAAAAAAUAUACAAAUUUUUUAAGAAUAUUUGACAUAGUAUACCUCAUGAGUUUGUCGUAAACCAAUUUUCACUGUAGAGUUAAGUCAUUUAUGCAAUAUAAAUACCGGUACCUAGUUUAGAUUUCCCAGAAGUCACUACAAAAUCUAACUUUUUUUCCCCCUAAGUAUUUGUUAUGAGAUAUUGACAAAAAAAAUUUUUGUGGGCUCAAUACUUAUUUUUACCAUCUAAAUUCAAUAUUCGUAUUCAACGAGAAUAAAUUUGGUAUUUGUAUUCGCAUUAAAAACUGAUCUUCGCACUGGUUUAUUUAAAAAGAAGUAAAUGUAAACAGUAUGAGGUUUUCAUUUACAAUUUGCAUAUGUUAAUACAGUAUAUACUUGUGUUAUUUAAAUUUUCAAGUUGUUGUUAAUUGUUAUAUUAUAUUGUAUGUGCAAAUAUUUUUUUUUUGUACAUAUUUACCUUUUGUGAUGCAAAUGGCUAUACGAGUGCAAUAUUUUGACCCUUUUACUAUUUAUUUAAGUACCUGAUGUUAAAAUUAAUAUUAUUAUUUUUUUUCAAGGGAUAUGUAUACUAUGUGUAUUCAAUUUUUUUUAAAUUGAAUAAAAGUGCAUGAAAGUGCA